AUGAGGGUGGACCUAGAGGAUCAAUUCAAUCUGAAUGUUAGCUAUUCAAAGAUGAAGAGGGUAAAGAGGCUUGUGCUAGAGAAAUUGGAGGGUAGCUUCAUUGAUGAUUACAAUAGGUUAGAGGUAUAUGCUCAAGAGUUGAGGGAUAGUAACCCUGGUUCUGAUGUGGUGAUAAACAUAUCUAAAGAUGCUUUGGCAGAAGGAAAAAGAAGGUUCCUUAGAAUGUAUAUUUGCUUCCAAGCUUUGAAAACAGGCUGGAAAGCAGGUUUGAGACCUCUUAUAGGCCUAGAUGGCACAUUUCUAAAAGGGAAGUGUAAGGGAAUUCUACUGGUGGCCAUGGCACAAGAUUCAGUGAAAUAUUUUUAUCCUUCUCUUGCAUGGGCAGUAGUUGAUAAAGAAACUGGUAGAACCUGGAAGUGGUUUAUGGAGUUACUGAGAAAUUCCUUGGAGCUUGAAGAUGGUGAAGGAGUGACAUUUAUGUCAGAUUUGCAAAAGGGGCUUUUGGAGGCUGUUUCUAAUGUCCUUCCAAAAGCAAAUCACAGAUGGUGUGCUAGGAACAUUGAAGCUAAUUGGAGCAAAAAUUGGAGGGGUAUAGAGAUGAAAAAGUUAAUGUGGUGGUGUGCUUGGAGUACCUAUGAAGAAGAGUUCAAGGAUCAACUGAAGGCUCUGGGUGAUGUUCAUGAAGAUACUGCUAGGGAACUAAUACACUACCCUCCUCAAUAUUGGUGUAGGGCUUAUUUUGAUACUAAAUGCAAGAAUCAUAUGGUUGAUAAUAACUUUACGGAAUCAUUCAAUAAAUGGAUUCUUGAAGCUAGAAAUAAACCUAUAAUUAAGAUGUUGGAAGACAUUAAAUUAAAGGUAAUGAAUUUGUUGAAGAACCGUGAGGAGGAAUGUAGGAAUUGGAAGGAAGAAAUUAGCACAUAUGCCAUAGAGCUUUACAAUGAUUACAGAGUGAUUGCAAUAGAGUGCAAAGUUGUCUUUAAUGGAGAUUACGGAUAUGAAGUGGUUGAGGGUAAAGAUAAGCAUACAGUUAACCUUGAAUUAAAGAAGUGUACUUGCAGGGCCUGGAAUUUGACAGGAAUACCAUGUCCUCAUGCCAUCAAAGCUUUAAUGCACGACAAACAAGAUCCAUUAAGCGAGGUGUAUUGGUGGUAUUCAAAGGAAGCUUAUAUGUUGGCAUACAUGCACAAGUUACAACCUGUGAGAGGUGAGAAAUUUUGGAAAAUUGAGCCAGAACAUGCAAUGGAGCCACCAGAAGUACAUAAAAUGGUGGGUAGACCAAAGGUAAAGAGAAAAAGAGAAAAAGAUGAGGCCGGGAAGAGGGAGGGGGUCUGGUCAGCUUCAAGAAAGGGACUUAUAAUGACAUGUGGGUUCUGUGGUACAACAGGUCACAACAGAAGAAAAUGCCCUUUGGCUAAUGGUGAAGGAACUUCCCAAACAGUACAAGAUGUGCCCUUGACGGCACCCCAAGACAGUCAAAAUUCAGAAUUUGCCUUCAUGCCUACUCCGGGUGUGAGAAUGACCUCUCCUGAACAUUCCAGUCAAUUUGCUGAACUUCAAAACACACUUCAACAAUCUGUUGCACCUUCAAUAUAUAGUUAUUUGUUAUUACCCAAGGCUCUUGCCAGAAUGCUAAUGGGAAAAUCUGACUUCCCAUAUGCUAAUGGCAAUACAUUGUACAG